GCAAAUUCAUAGCUGUUGCCUUUAUUAGUUGCUUUGUACAUUAAACUAAUGUUUCAAUCUCGGACAAUUUUUGCAGGCGCGUCCACAUCCGGUCUGGCACACAGGAAUCUGGAUGUAAACGGACGAUAAUGCUCUUGACUCCUGCAUGUCUCUGAUAUAUCCUGCCAGGAGCGGAAGUGUCUGGGAUUCUGCUCAAUCCAUUUUACCAAAACAGUCGUUUGUAAAAGGAGACAGGGCGAGCACCGUCUGUAUCUCUUCCCACACCAUCAUCGUCUACAGUGGGGCUCCAUUGAAUGUUGAUAUAUCGGCACGGGACAUGCUCUAUGAGAUCUGCGCAAUCGACGUGAACGCCUGCCUGGACACAGGAGAGGAUUAAGUUACUGCUGCUGGCGGCGGAUUAUUUUAUUGGCCUCCUCCUGUCACGCCCGAGUCUUUGGUGAUCUUUUUUCCAAUUAAGAGAGGUCGCUCAAAAGCCAGAUAUGUCUUUCCGGCGAGGUGUGGUCAGGCAGAGCAAAUUCCGCCAUGUUUUUGCUCAGGCGUGGAAAGCCGAGCACUGCAUCGACGACGUCAGAGUGUCCCGCGUGACGUGGGACAGUCCUCUGUGUGCCGUCAGCCCCAAAUUCAUCGCUGUCAUCAUUGAAGCUGGGGGUGGAGGCGCCUUCCUGGUUGUUCCGAUCAGCAAGAGCGGCAGAAUCGAUCAGUCCUGUCCGACAGUGUGUGGCCAUGCGGCGCCAGUACUGGACAUCCAGUGGUCUCCUCAUGAUGACAGUAUCAUUGCAAGUGCCUCAGAGGACUGCACAGUAAAGGUGUGGCAGAUCCCAGAUGGGGGCCUGACAAGUCCAAUGACUGAGGCCAUUGUGACCCUUGAGGGCCACAGUAAAAGAGUGGGCAUCCUGGCUUGGCACCCAACUGCCUUCAACAUCCUCCUAACUGCAGGCUGUGAUAACGUCAUUUGUGUGUGGAACGUGGGGACGGGGGAGCUUGUGUACCAGCUGAGCGAUGCCCAUCCAGACCUGAUCUACAGUGUGAGCUGGAACAAGGAUGGCAGUGCUGUCUGUACUGUCUGCAAAGACAAGGCCCUGCGUGUCAUUGACCCACGAAGAGGCACCGUCCUCAAGGUGAGAGAGAAGGUCCAUGAUGGUACCAGGCCUAUGAGAGCUGUGUUCCUCGCAGAUGGGAAGAUCCUGACCACAGGCUUCAGCCGUAUGAGUGAGAGACAGCUGGCAUUGUGGGAUACGAAAGAUCUCUCAGAGCCAAUGGCUGUACAAGAAAUGGAUACAAGUAAUGGAGUUCUUCUACCCUUUUAUGACCCGGACACAAACAUGGUCUACCUGUGUGGAAAGGGAGACUGCACCAUCCGGUAUUUUGAGGUGACAGAUGAAUCCCCGUAUGUUCACUUCCUCAGCUUAUACAGUAGCAAGGAGCCACAGAGAGGAGCAGGCUUUCUUAGUAAAAGAGCUGUGGAUGUCAACAAGUGUGAAAUUGCCAGGUUCUACAAACUGCAUGAAAGGAAAGUGGAACCCAUCUCAAUGACUGUACCACGGAAGUCAGAUCUGUUCCAGGGAGACCUUUACCCGGACACAGCCAGCUCGGAGCCGGCUCUCCUGGCUGAUGAAUGGAUCGCAGGGCAGGAUGCACCACCACUGUUGGUCUCCCUGAGCGGUGGCUACACGGCCCCUCCUUCCAAGCAUAGAGACACCCUCAGAAGCAAGCCCAAGCUUGUCUCGCAGGACUCUGGGACAGGGGCCACCCCAACUUCAGCAGGCAACGUAGCGGCUCCAACAUCCACACCUACCUCUGCUGCCAAGGAGACAGAAGAAGAGGGGCCACAGCCACGAGUAGCCACAAGAGAGACAGAUGGAAAUACUGAGAGGCCGAAGAGAGAGGAUGACGUGUUGAACGAGUUGUUAGCAGAAAUGAAGGCUUUGCGCGCCGUCGUACUUGCUCAGAGCCAGAGAAUCGAGUUGCUGGAGAGGCAGCUGGCUCGGAUUGAAGACGGGGACGUAUGAGGAAGCAGGAGACUCACUACAUUCAGAGGGCAUUCUUACUAAAUCCAUAGACCAUAGCCUUACUAGAAUCAACAAGUAUCUUAAGCUGUGUGAGCGGGAGAAUGUAGUGUAGGGUAGCAGCUAAUGGUUUAUUGCAGUGGCUUACAACCAGAUCAACAAGAUGAAAACAAGAUCACAAUUUGUUUCUGCCAUUGCUUUCCAGAUUGUGGUUGAUAAACGGGGUGUCAUCUGCAUACAGUGAAAUUUAACAAUGAAGUAAUGUUUGGUUUUACUUAUGAAGGGGUAUUGUAGCAGCUAUUUGGUGGUGCAUAUAGUGCAGCUUUGAGCUUUGCAAAAUCCAUGUGUUAAUUUUGAAGGGCUUUGAAGGAGUUACAGUGGCACCGUUGCCUCAAAUUAAUGCACAAAGUAGGAACAAACAGCGUUAUAUUAAAACUAUUGAAGGUUGACAUUCUACAGCAAAGUAAUUAAGUACCUCUACUAUGAUUGUUUCACUCACAAAUGUAAGCAUUGGGGCUAUUUAAUCAGGUAGUUAAAGCUGCUAAACUGUGACGUCAUUUCAGACCCCCAGUUGUUAGCUCAUCGUGUGACUUGUGCUUUGUUUUACUACUUCAUUAUAGGACGCUGUGUGUAAGGUUAACAGUAGGAAAAUCUUCUGGUACAAGAAACAUGAGCUUGACAAAGAGAAUUGUGUGAAUGAUAGCUGAUGAGAGUGUAACAAAAUAUUUAUGUGUAUCGUAAUUCUGUGUAGUCUUUGCAGUCAAUGAAAAGGUAACACUUGUGAUUUUGUACCUCAUGUUGUCAGGUUUUCUGUAACAUCGUGAGGUGAGAUAUUUGUCCACAUUAUCAUUAAGAUAUAAAUACGCAGAAAUACUUGCCUCUUUACCUUCUUUUGACGUGUGGCUGCAGUACUGUGUGCCCCCUAAAGAACCAGGAUCUAUGCUGAGUAUUUUGAAGAGCAGUAAAUUUUUCACCUUUGAGUCAUCACUUCUCCUGAGUCACACGGGGCUAAGCUGUACUAUAUAUAGCACAUAUAAAUAUAACCUUAACACUAUUGGUGCAAUCUCACUAAAACACAUUGAGCAUAUUCAAAUCAUCAGUUAACAAGUGUUUGCAGCCACAAGAAAGAGGAAGUUACAGUGAAAUGUUGAAUAUUUUCUACGGUUUGCAAUUGCAUUUGUAUUGGUGUUAAAAGACGGAAAGCUCUUUCUGAUUUUCUUUUUUAAUUUUAGUUUUGUGUUUUUUGCCACUAGAGGCAAUUAUUUGUCACCUGUCCGUCAGUCAAUUAUCGUGCAACAAUGGUACAUUCCACAUCAAGCUAAUCCCUUUAUUACUUUAAUUGUAAUUUAUAUUUCUUUAUGCACUGACCUCUUAACACUAAAUGUAAAAGCAGUAGCAUUUUAAAUGAGACUACAUUGUGAAAGCUCAAUAAACAUUCGUUCUUCCUUUG